AACAAACAAGCUAAUGUGUAAGUUAAGUUAUUCGCGACAAUUUUAUUUUAUUAAAUAUAAAUAGGUAAUAUAAAUAGAUUGUGAUUCCAUAAAUGUAUGUCAGAAAUUUACUUCUACAUUGCGUAGUAUUGUGAAAAUAUAUUUUCCAGGCCAGUAUAGUUUAACACGCAGUCGAUGCUAUUAUUUCGUGCGAAAUAUAUCAAACGUUAUGGAAUCAAGCUCGUCUACAGGAAAAUCUGAAACCUGGAGGGGUGUUCCUAUGACAGAAAUUUUGGGUGCUCAGUCGCCUUGGACCGCUCCUGAGUUUCCCCUUGUGUCACCGUCUUACAAUCACUCUGUGUUAUAUCAUGUUCCCAGUAAUGGUACUGUAUCUACGGACACACCACCAAAACCACAGAUAGGAACAGAAAAAUGGGACCAUGGUUUUGUUAGAAUGCCAUUCUCGAGUAGUAGUUUGUAUCCGGUUGUAGAUGAAAAUGGUGAGACCCAAUUAAAGAAGAGAUGGCCCAUGAUUCAGGAAGCACUCAGAAAACCCAUACGUAACAGCUCAGAUUUAGCUAAUGCAAUCUUAUCAUAUAACAGUAGAAAUAAAUGGUCAUUCCGGUCACUUCAUAAAUUGUUUCAGCAAUUAGAAGCAGAGGAAUCACAAGUGUUCUUUGAUGUUACUUUGCCAGAAAUAAUCAAAUUAGCACUGGCAUUACCAAAAUUGAUCCGGGCACCAAUACCUUUACUAAGGCAUCAUAAGAAUUACUCCAUAUCAUUGUCGCAGCAACAGAUUGCUAGUUUGCUGGCCAAUGCAUUUCUUUGCACAUUCCCGAGGCGAAAUAGCAACAAAAAGUCGACCAAGGAAUACACAUAUUUUCCAAAUAUAAAUUUUAGUUCAUUAUAUGAAGCAUCGUCAAUGAAUUGUGUCUUGGAAAAGUUGAAAUGUUUAUGCCACUAUUUCAGAAGAGUUUGUUCUCAAGUGCCUGUCGGUGUGCUCACGUUCACCCGCCGCCACGUGCCGCAGGACAGACACCCGCACUGGGCCACGUCUCGCCGACAACUGGCCGCCAUUCCUAUACAUGUCGACUCGGGGACUACGAUAGAAGAAGCAUAUGGAUUGAUACAAUUUGACUUUGCUAAUAAGUACAUUGGAGGCGGUGUGCUAGGCCAUGGUUGUGUGCAAGAAGAAAUCCGCUUCGUUAUCUGUCCCGAGCUGAUGAUAUCCAUGCUUUUCACAGAGAUGCUGCAGCCAGAUGAAGCCUUAAUAGUGAUUGGUUGCGAGCGGUACAGCAACUAUUCGGGCUACGGCAAUAGUUUCGAGUUCGCCGGGGACCACCGUGACGCCACACCCUACGACUCCAGCGGGCGACGCCGCUGCGCCGUGCUGGCGGUGGACGCCAUGCCCUUCGGAAGGAAACUAGUGGAGUUCCAGCCUGAGAAGAUCUCUAGAGAGCUGUUAAAGGUGUGGGUGGGUGUGUCAUUUGACACGGAGGCUGACCCCACCUGUACCCAGUACCCGGGCGUGGCAACCGGCAACUGGGGCUGCGGGGCCUUCGGCGGGACCCCUAGACUCAAGGCGCUGCUUCAACUGAUGGCGUGCGCGCAGGCGCGGAGGCCAAUGGCGUACUUCACAUUCGGAGAUGCAGACCUGCGGGACGAUAUCGUGGACAUUUAUAAUCUGUUGACGAGAAAUAAUGUCACUGUGGGACAAUUAUUUGAAUACAUAGUGAGAUAUUCGGAACCAUCGGACGUGAGCCGCGGGGACCUGUACACAUUUCUUCCUCAACUGUUGCAGCCGAGAGCGCCAGAUCCGAAGCCACAACAAUGCUCCGUUGAAGCUAUGGACAUUAGCUCAGAGGAGCAGUUAAUAACGAGCAGCAUAGAACGGGAAUUACUCAACAACUCACCUGAUCUGUUUUCACAAGAGGAUCACUACGGCGGAGUGGUCGUCGAAACAAAAGCCGUUGAACCGAAAACCGUCGAACCAACGACCAGUGACCACGUCGCCGACAAAACGAAAUCGUUAUUCGAAAAGAUGGAUGAAUUCGAUGAACAGAAUUGUAAGUUGAAUUUGAACAUUUCCCGGAGUUGUGUGAAACGAGAAUCGCGCUCCGCAGACGUGUCCAUGGAUAGAGCAGAUUCACCCAAACAUGUCAAAAAGAAGGCAAAUUUAAAAAUUACAGAUUAUUUUAAUAAAAGUUCUAGUUGAUGAAAUCAAAAUGUAGUAAAUAAAAUGUAUUUUUUAUACAA